AUGGAGGUCUUUUCAGGUGGAGGGUGGGGUGGUUUUGUAUUGAAGGAGAAGCUGAGGUUGAUUAAAGGUAGGUUGAGAUGGUGGCAUCAACAACAUUCUCAGAAUUUGGAAAGAAAGAUUUCGCAGGUAAAUGAGCGUAUUAAAUCACUUGAUGUGAAAGUGGAACAACUUACUUUAGAAGAAGGAGGGGAGGUGGAAUUACAUGACUUAUCAGUUGAAUUGCUUUCCUUAUCAAAGUUGAACUCUAGUAUUCAGUGGCAGAAAUCCAGAGUGAAUUGGUUGAGAGAGGGUGACGCAAAGUCUAAAAGUUUUCACGGCGUUAUGGCUUCCAGACGAAGGUCUAAUGCGAUUAUCGCCUUAGCCAUGAACAAUCAUAUUGUGGAAGGUGUGGCUCCAAUUAAGGAAGCCAUAUUUCAGCAUUUUCUGUCGCACUUUAGGGCGACAGUGGGAAAUCACCCGAAAAUUGAUAAUCUGGCGUUCAAAUCUCUUAGUGUGGAGGCGGGGGCUGACCUUGUUAAGCAGUUUCAGUUGGAAGAAUUGAAGCAGGCAGUGUGGGAUUGUGACAGUUAUAAAAGUCCUGGUCCUGAUGGUCUGAAUUUUGGGACAUCCUGA